AUGAAACUAACUAUUUUCCUCUGUACUCUUCUAGUAAUACCUUUAUUUGCUGAGCACCAAAUUAACCUGUAUCCUGUGUAUGACAAAUUAAAGCAGCGUACCGGAUAUGCUUUAAAUGUGAAUAUUGGUAAACCGGGAAAAGAAUUCCGUGUCCUUUUGGAUACCUUAACAUCACUUCUUUGGAUUCCUGGAACUGAUCGCGUACAUCCAUUCUGCUACGAUAAAAAAUUUUAUUCAAAAUCUGAUUCAACUUCAUGUACUACAACAUUGUAUACCACUUUGGCACAAUGUUAUGGGCUAAGAGGAGUUAAUUUAUGGAGUUGGAAUGAUGAUAUUAUGAUUCAUACAUCAGAUGGAAAAAGCGUAAAUUUAUUAAAUUCACCAUUCGGUACGCUGUGCCUCUUAAAUUGGCCUGAAUGGGAAAAUUAUCAAGAAAUUGAUGGAAUAUUUGGUUUAUCAGCAUUGCACACUGAUCGCUUAUUGGAAGGCGUCUUUGGCAUUUUUCCGCUUCUAGACAAAGAUGUCAAUCCUCUUAAAAUGAUGAUCCGAAUGAAUCAAUUCCCUCCUCUUAUCACUAUAGCAUUAUCACAGGAAUCUGAUAAGACAGCGACAUUAACGCUUGGCGGACGUAACAGUAAGUCAUGCGAUUUGAGCAAUGAAAAGUAUGAACCACUUUACUUUCUCGGAAAUCGUUAUAAUUUCGAAUUUCUGGCCGUUAAAAUGGGUUAUACGGAGUUUGUGAAAUUAGGCAUUACGCUUACUUAUCCAAAUACAAUGGAUCCAUAUAUCACUGUCCCAGAUGAAUUUAUGAAAAAAAUUGCUUACGAUCUCGGUGCACAGGCGGAUAUAAGAACAGGAAAAUAUUUGGUAGAUUGUGAACAAUCAUUUAAUCCAUUUGAAAUUUUCACCGCUGAAAACAAAUACAUCAUUGAGCCAAAAAAUUUUAUUAUCAAACAUAAUCCGAAUGAUAAGCAAUGUGAACUUGCAUUCCGAAGCUUUAAAGGUUUUGAGCAGGAAGUUAUGCUCGGAUUACCAUUCCUUCAUCAGUACUGUAUGACGGUGGAAGCACGUGAAAAACGUGUUUACUUCGCUCCGAUAAUUUAA